GGUUGUCAGGAAAUGGGUCUGCAAGCCAUCUCUUAACCGCCAAUGGCUUGGACGUUGAUCAGCUUUCCCCUGGAUUUGAGGUUCCAAAGGACUUGGGUUUCCAAGGAAAUAUGGUCUUGAUGCUGUAGGAUGCAUUUUAGAAACAAAUGGAAUUUAAAUGAAUGUUGGGCGUGAACAUCACUCAAGUCUGAAUGGUAUUCACAAGAUGGACAAAUUAAUUCUUCUACUGCUCUGGUUUGAAUACAUUUUUCAGACUUCUAAGAGUUUAUAUUGUGGGCCAACGCAAAAGCAACCUGCAACCAUUUUUGCUGAAUGGAGUGAGUUUCCUAAAGGAGGAAAGCCUGAAUACUAUUUUUUAAAAUAUCAACCAAUUAAGGACUUCAAUAAAAAAAAUGUCAAAAACAUUUCUGCAGAACAGCACAAGCUUCAAAAAUCUACACUAACACUAGAAGAAAAUGAAGAAUAUAAUGUCAUUAUACAGUCAGUACGAAAAGGGGAAAUUUUAAGUGCAAAGUCAUUCAGAACACGUGGGAUCUCAAAUAACAACAUUAAAAUGCUCGUGACGAGUACAAGUGUUUCUUUUAACUGGAGCACACUGCCCCAUGACUUUUCAGUUUCAAUAUCUCUUAAUAAUUCAUCUCAAAGCGUGCAGAACAAUGUAAUGUUUUAUGAAUGGGGCCAUUUGGAACCUUCAACCUUAUACAGUUUCAAAUUUGAAUUUAAACAGCUGCACUUGGAUUUUAUAAAUGUUUUUCAGAAGCUGGAUAUUCAUGUUGAAACAGGGGCCUGCUCACCAGAAUGGGUUGCAUUCAAAAAGAACUGCUACCGAAUUAGCAAAGAUAGCCAGCCAUGGAACGUGGCCCAGAAAGUCUGUAAUAUGCCAUUGUACUCAGCACAUCUUGUUGAUAUAAAAAAUGAAGAGGAAAAGAAAUUUAUAUAUUCUUAUCUCAGGAAAACCAAUCAAAUAAUCACUUGGACUGGUCUUAAUGAUAUCAAGAAAGAAGGUCACCCCUUGUGGACAGAUGGAUCUUAUUAUAGCCUUAAGAAAGAUGAAAUCUUUUCUUUUCCAUUGCUACCAAAGAAUGAAACCGAUUGCUACAUUCUACAGCAAAAUGCUACUGGAUCCAAUUACUUCUUUACAGGCUUUUUCUGCUAUGUCUCUUUGCCAUAUAUUUGUGAAUAUGAAUUACCUUCACUACCAGAGAAUUUUGUCUUUUUCGUGAAAGACGUUGGAACAACCCAAGUUGUCCUUGGUUGGAGGAGUUUGAAAAAAUGGAUGAAAUUUGGCUAUAAGCUGGUCAUUAAAUAUUAUUUGGAAAAUUCUAAUGGACAGUAUUUUGAGACUUUGACUUUAAAUGCAACUGAAAAAACAAUUAUGCAGCUGUCUCCUGGACAUCUUUAUAGGUUUUUACUCUUAGCAAAGAACCAAUGGGAAGCCCAGAUUGCCUUAAGCCCAGUUCUGAUAGUAGAGACACGUCCGUUACAAGCCAAAAACUUGAUAGUGACACGUGUAACACCAGUGGAGAUAUUUUUGCAUUGGGAUCCACCAGAUGAUGUGUUGAGCACCUCUUUCCAUCAUUACUUUGUGACCAUUUUGGAUACUAAAGCCAAUAAAUCAGAAGCAUUGUCAGUGGAAAAAGUCAACACCACAACAAUAAUAGGAAACCUCAAACCUUAUCAUCAGUACCAGAUCUAUCUUUUCAGUGUUGCAGAAAAAGGAUCUUUAAGCUGUCUCGAGAAACCAAUAUUAACCAUAACAGGCAUCAGUCCACCUCAAAAUGUUUCUGCCAAACCUGAUGAUGUGGGAGAGGACAGUAUAAUUCUUCAGUGGGAACCUCCACAUGAUAGUUGCGAAUUCUACAUUCAAGCAAAAUCUAUAUCAGAUGCAAGUGAAGUCAUUAAGCAUUUAGUAAAUAACACUAACAAAUUCAAGAUUGAUCUAUUAACUCCUGGAAUGACAUAUGACAUAGGAGUGGCAACGGUGAAGAAUGGAAAUAAGAGUGAACUCAUAACUAUUCAAAAAACUUUAAAACCCAAACCAGUUCAGAUUAUUAUCCCGUAUGAAUUUCAUAGUACCUCUGUGAUUUUAUUCGUUCAAAUGCCUGACAUUGGUGUGUUUGAUGGCGUACAUAUUGUAACGAAUCGAGGUCCCAACAUAACGGUGCCUUUAAAGACCAACAACAAAAUUACAAUUGAAAAUCUGACCCCAGGCACAGAAUAUAAUUUCUUUGUAUCUACAAUCAGCGGAGACAGACUGAGCUCUAUAUAUCAUGUACCAGCAGUAAAAACUUGUCUGGAAGUUCCAUUAAACAUUCGUGAAGGUAGAGUUACAGAUACUUCCAUUCAAAUUCUUUGGGACCGAGUUGAUGGAAAUUUUCAGCAUUAUGAGAUUACAUGCACAAACUGUGCGGAUGCUGUCAUGGUCCAAAAAGUAACACAAGAAAAUGCAAUAUUCUCCAACUUGGCUCCAGCUACAAUCUACAACUUUUCCAUUAGAACUGAAAAAGAAGGAUUUAAAGAUAGCACUCCAAGAGUAAAAGAAAUUCAGACUGCACCCAGUGCCGUUGAGUACAUGAAUCACAGCAGGGACUCAACUUCAAUAACAGUAACCUGGAUUCCAGCUAAAAGUAUACUAGAUGGAUAUAUUAUAUCAAUAGCCAGUGAGGGCUUCAUGAAGGAAGAAAUGUUGUAUUCUAUGGAGAGGAUGUUCAAGUUUAAUGGCCUUGCCCCAGGGACUGACUUUUUAAUCAGUAUUGUGACUACCAAUGGACUAAAGAAGAGCCAGCCUACUAUCCUCAGAGCUAGUACUUUUCCAGAUCCUCCUUCAGACUUUCAGAUUUUUGGAGAGGAAGAGAACACCGUAUAUUUGUCCUGGAAACUUCCACAAGGAGGCUUUGACAAAUUUCAGAUCUUGUAUCAUGUGACAUCUAGAAGGGAAAUUUUAUUUAAACUAAUUGCUUAUGGAAACAGAGCAAAAGUGAAAAAUCUUACUCCUGGAGUGGAAUAUGUAUUUCAGAUGAAGACGGUGAGAGGCAUGGAUUAUAGCAUAUCUGUUGAGAAAAAAGUGAUUACAAAACCAGCUGGGAUAUGUGGCUUAGCCUUAAAAGCUGUGAAUACUUCUGCUGCAACAUUAACAUGGAAUCCAACAAAGACCAACUUCACUCAUUACAAGAUUUGUCUAUCAAAUAAUACAUUUGUAAAUGAAUACAAUAUUUUUGGGACCAUGACCGAUCAUACAGUUACGGAUCUGACUCCUGGUGGCACUUACAACAUCACCGUACAGAGAGUAAGAGGUGACAUAGAAGGAUAUAGCUCAUUUAUCCAGGUGGUGGCAGAACCCGAAAGACCUGAGAAACUUAAAGCCUUCAAUAUUUCAACACACUCCUUUUCUUUGCACUGGAGAAUGCCUUCUGGACAUGUGGAAAGGUAUCAUGUGGAUCUUAUUCCUGACGGUGGCGUUGUUGCAAUCAGAGAUCUUGGCCAUGGGGAGUAUCAGGUUGAUGUCUCGAAUGCUCUUCCUGGGACGAGGUACAAUGUAACCAUUUCUUCGGUUUCUGCUACAACAUUUGGAACACCCGUUAGUAAAAUGGUGACAACCAAUGUGACCAAUCCAGGGCCUCCCGUGUUCCUUGCAGGUGAAAGAGUAGGGUCUGCUGGAAUCCUUCUCUCUUGGAAUACACCACCAAAGCCAAAUGGAAGGAUUAAAUCAUACGUUGUCAAAUAUAAGGAAGUUUGCCCAUGGAUGCAAGCAACCUAUACACAAGUUAGAGCAAAGCCAGAUAGUUUGGAAAUGCUUCUUACGAAUCUUAAUCCUGGAACAACUUAUGAAAUUAAGGUGGCUGCAGAAAACAGUGCUGGUAUUGGAAUCUUUAGUGAGCCCUUUCUCUUCCAAACUGCAGAAAGUGCUCCAGGCAAAGUGGUCAAUCUCACUGUGGAGACCUUCAAUUAUUCAGCAGUCAAUCUAAUUUGGUAUUUGCCUCGGCAACCAAAUGGUAAAAUCACCAGCUUCAAGAUUAGUGUCAAGCAUGCAAGAAGUGGAAUCAUUGUGAAAGAUGUCUCUAUUAAGGUGGAGGACCUCCUGUCAGGGAAGUUACCAGAAUGUAAUGAGAACAGUGAAUCUUUUUUGUGGAGUACGACCAGACCUUCACCAACUUCUGGUAGAGCUACAUCUCCUCCCCGUGUCACAUAUAUGCCCAGUGCUCUGGCAAUGAGUCGAAAAAGUUCUGUGUGGAAUGAACCAAUCAGUUUUGUAGUAACUCACCUAAGGCCAUACACCACAUAUCUGUUUGAAGUCUCUGCUGUUACUACAGAAGCCGGCUACAUUGACAGUACCAUCGUCAGAACACCUGAAUCAGUCCCUGAAGACCCACCACAGAAUUUGGCAACAGGCAACAUCACAGAGAACUCUUUCUCUCUUUCCUGGGAUCCACCAAGUAUAGUAACAGGAAAAUUUAGCUAUAGAGUGGAACUGUAUGGUCCAGCUGGUCUAAUUUUGGAUAAUAGCACCAAAGACCUCAAGUUUACAUUUACUAAUCUUACACCAUUUACAACAUAUUAUACAUAUGUUGGUGCUGAGACCAGUGCAGGGAUGGGACCCAAGUCAAAUCUUUCCAUUUUCACUCCUCCAGAUGUUCCAAGUGCAGUAUUUGACUUACAACUUUUAGAAGUUGAAGCCACACUAAUAAGCAUUACUUGGAAGAAGCCACGACAACCCAAUGGAAUCAUUAGUCAAUAUAGGGUGCAAGUGUUCAUUUCAGAGACAGGAAUUAUUUUGGAAGAUACCUUGCUUACAGGAAAAGACGAGCUUAUGAGUGACUCCAUGGCUCCAGAAAAGGAAGUUCUAAUAAAUGCAGUGACUGCAUCAUAUGAGGGCUCCGCAGAGAUGUUUUCCAACACGGCAGCAGAAUCUCCAAUUCUCUUUUCCAGCCUUUCUCAAAAUAGCAUUUCCCAAGCAAAUGGAAACGAAGAUCUUUAUUCGACAACUGGAACAGCAAGUGAUCAGUAUUUCACUGACAUUUCAGCUGAACAGCUGUCCUAUGUUGUAAAGAGGCUUGCACCUUUCACCGAAUAUACGAUCAGUGUGUCUGCUUUCACAAUUAUGGGAGAAGGACCACCAACCGUUCUCAAUGCCAGGACAAGUGAGCAAGUGCCAAGCUCCAUACAAACGAUAAACUAUAAAAAUAUUAGCUCGUCAUCUAUUUUGCUGUAUUGGGAUCCACCAGAAUAUCCCAAUGGAAAAAUAACCCAUUAUACAAUUUAUGCCAUGGAAUUGGAUACAAACAGAGCAUUCCAGAUGACUACUGUAGAUAACAGCUUUCUUAUCACAGGCUUGAAGAAAUAUACAAAGUAUAAAAUGCGAGUGGCUGCUUCAACCAAUGUUGGGGAGAGUUCUUUGUCUGAGGAAAAUGAUGUUUUUGUUCGAACACCAGAAGAUGAACCAGAAUCACCACCCCGAGGGGUUGAGAUUAUAGAUGUGACUGCGACAGAAAUAAAACUGAAGUGGUUGCCACCAGAAAAACCUAAUGGAAUCAUCUUGUCCUAUGAAGUCAUUUACAGAAAUACAAACCAUUUGUUCUUUAAAAACACUUCGACGACAAAUAUCAUUCUGAACGACUUGAAACCUUUUACCCUCUACAACAUUUCUAUUAGGUCUUACACAAGAAUUGGUCACGGCAAUCAGUUGUCAUCUUUACUGUCUGUAAGGACUUCAGAAACUGUUCCUGACAGCGCACCUGAAAACGUUACCUAUCGAAAUGUUUCUUCUGGAGAAAUUGAGCUCUCAUUCCUUCCUCCAAUAAUUCCCAACGGGAUCAUACAGAAAUAUACCAUCUAUCUUAGAAGGAAUAAUGGAUAUGAGGAGCGAACUAUAAACACAACAAAGCUCUCACAGAGUAUUAGAGGACUGAAGAAAUAUACUCAUUAUACAGUUGAGGUGUCUGCAAGUACCCUUAAAGGAGAAGGAGUCCGAAGUACCCCAGUAACUAUUCUGACAGAAGAAGAUGCUCCUGGGUCUCCUCCUAGAGACUUCUCAGUAAAACAGUUGUCUGGUGUCACUGUGAAGUUGUCAUGGCAACCACCCCUGGAGCCAAAUGGAAUUAUCCUCUAUUACACAGUUUAUGUCUGGGAUAAAUCGUUGCUAAAAGCUAUAAAUGUAACUGAAACAACAUUGGAAUAUGCAGAUUUGGAAAAUAAUGUUAAAUAUAAUGCCUACGUCACAGCAAGCACAAGAUUUGGUGAUGGAAAAAUUAAAAGUAACCUCAUUAGCUUUAAGACGCCAGAGGGAGCACCCAGUGAUCCACCAAAAGAUGUCCAUUAUGCAAACCUCACUUCCUCAUCAAUAAUUCUUUUCUGGGAUCCUCCUUCAAAGCCCAAUGGGAUUAUACAAUACUAUUCUGUUUAUUAUCAAAAUAAUUCAGGUACUUAUAUGCAGAAUUUUACUCUUCAUGACAUUGUCAGUUUUUCUGACAAUAUGACCAUAUCUGCAGUCAUAGAAAAUUUGGCAAUAUUCAGCUACUACAUAGUUUGGGUAACAGCAAGUACUUCAAUUGGAAAUGGGAACAAAACCAGUGACAUAAUCCAAGUAUACACAGAUCAAGACAUACCAGAAGGGACUGUUGAAAACCUGACUUAUGAAAGUCUUUCUUCAACUUCAAUAAAUGUCAGCUGGUUCCCACCAUCUCAGCCAAACGGUCUAGUCUUCUACUAUGUUUCACUGAGCUUACAAGGAAACCCACGUAGAACAAGACCACCUCUGAAAACUUAUGAGAGAAACCUGGUUUUUGACAAUCUGAAAAAAUACGCUGAUUAUAUAUUAAAAGUCACUCCAGCAACAGAAAAGGGAUUCUCUGACUUGUACACAGCCCAACUCCACAUCAGAACUGAAGAAGAUGUCCCAGACUCUUCACCAGUAAUCAACACUUUUCAAAAUCUUUCUUCUACCUCAGUUUUUAUAUCCUGGGAUCCCCCAGUACAGCCAAAUGGUGCUAUAAUAAGUUAUGAUUUAACUUUAGAUGGACCAAAUGAAAGCUAUUCUUUUUCUACCUCUGAAAACUCUGUCAUACUGGAAGAGCUCUCACCAUUUACAUUAUAUAGCUUUUUUGCUGCUGCAAGAACCAUAAAAGGACUUGGUCCUUCUUCUACACUCUUUUUUUACACAGAUGAGGCAGCCCCAUUAGCACCACCCCAGAAUUUAACUAUAAUCAAUUGCACUUCUGAUUCAGUGUGGCUAACGUGGAACCCAAGUCCUCUUCCAAGUGGUGUUAUUAAAGUCUAUAAUAUUAAAAUUCAUGAGAAUGGAACGGAUUCCAUAUUUUAUCAGAAUAUUUCAGGUUUUCAAACGGAAGCUAAAAUCAUUGGACUGGAACCAAUCACUGCCUAUUCAGUUAGUGUAUCAGCAUUUACAAGAGUCGGAAAUGGCAACCAUUUUAGUAAUAUUGUGCUAUUCACAACGCAAGAAUCAGUUCCAGAUGUUGUUCAGAAUCUUCAUUGUACUGCAACCAGUUGGCAGUCAAUUGUACUCAAGUGGGAUCCCCCCAAAAAGGCAAAUGGAAUAAUUACACAUUAUACCAUAACCACUGAAAGGAAUUCUACAAAAAUAGCUUCGCGAGAACAUAUGCAUUAUUUUAAAGAACUUGUAUCAAAUACUUCUUAUGUGUUUAAAAUACAAGCCUCUACUUCUGCUGGGGAAGGAGAAGAGGAAAUAUGCAGUGCUAGUACAUUACAUGAAACAGCUCCAGAUGGUCCUCCUGAAAAUGUAAAUGUAGUAGCUACCUCACCCUACAGUAUUAAUAUCAGCUGGAAUGAACCUGCUGCUAUCACCGGACCAACCUUCUACCUUAUAGACAUUAAAUCGGUUGUCCACAGACAAGAGCUAGAAUUUAAAUUUAGAGCAACAAACAUUAUGGGACAAUUUACUGACUCUGAUUAUUCUGACCCUGUAAAGACAUUAGGUGAAGGACUGUCAGAAAGAACUGUAGAAAUUAUUCUCUCGGUUACCUUGUGUAUCCUCUCCAUAAUUCUUCUGGUGGCUGCUAUUUUUGCAUUUGCAAGGUUACUUAGUUAUAGAAAAUCCAUCAAGCCAAUAAGCAAGAAAGCUUUCCUGCAACAUGUCGAAGAGCUCUGCACAAACAACAACUUAAAGUUUGAAGAAGAAUUUUCGGAGCUCCCUAAAUUCCUCCAGGAUCUUUCUUCUACGGAUGCUGACCUACCUUGGAACAGGGCAAAAAACCGUUUCCCAAACAUAAAACCAUUGAUGGGUUACCUAUGUCCAAAUGAAUUUAUUGCUACCCAAGGACCGUUACCUGGAACAGUAGGGGAUUUUUGGCGAAUGGUCUGGGAAACCAGAGCAAAAACUUUAGUGAUGCUAACACAGUGUUUUGAAAAAGGACGAAUCCGAUGCCAUCAGUAUUGGCCAGAAGACAACAAACCAGUGACUGUUUUUGGAGAUAUAGUGAUUACCAAAGUAUUAGAAGAAAUUCAAAUUGAUUGGACCAUCAGAGAUCUGAAAAUUGAAAGGCAUGGGGAUUGUAUGACAGUUCGACAGUGUAACUUUACCGCUUGGCCUGAACAUGGAGUUCCUGAAAAUAGUGCACCAUUAAUUCAUUUUGUGAAGUUAAUUCGAGCAAGCAGAGCUCAUGACACCACACCAAUGGUUGUUCAUUGCAGUGCUGGAGUUGGAAGAACUGGAGUUUUUAUUGCUCUGGACCACUUAACACAACAUAUAAAUGACCAUGAUUUUGUGGAUAUCUACGGACUUGUAGCAGAAUUGAGAAGUGAGAGAAUGUGUAUGGUACAGAACCUGGCACAAUAUAUUUUUUUACACCAAUGCAUUUUGGAUCUUUUGUCAAGUAAGGGAAGUCAUCAGCCCAUCUGUUUUGUGAAUUAUUCAGCCCUUCAGAAGAUGGACUCUUUGGAUGCCAUGGAAGGUGAUGUUGAGCUUGAAUGGGAAGAAACCACCAUGUAAAUAUUCUAACAAAAGAUUACAUCUGGAGGAAUUUUUUUCACACCCCAGGGGCCAAAUGUAUUCCCCUACUGACCUGAAUUAAAAUAUGCGAUGCUAAAAAAAAUCCUUUUUUUGACUAUGCCUCAAAAAUGUAAUAAUUAUUUUAUGAAAACAUCUAAGCAACACUUUCUUCAAUUUUUUAAAUUUUGCACAGAAUUACAUAGUCUGCUUUUAAAACAAAUGUGUCCUCUGAGACAUCCCAGAGUAUCUUGAAGAUCAACACAUUUUUUUUAAAUGAGCCAAAUAUAAUGUGAAGUUAUCAUCCCCUUAGCAUGAAUACUUCACUGUGAGUUCUCCCUGAUUUUGAGUCCGUGCUGUAAAUGUUGAUACAGUGGUGGCCUUCUGGCCUCCUGGGUGUUGACAUUUCUUGUGGAUUACUUCCAGAACUGUCAUGAUGAUCUCUGCCUCAAUGUAUGUUCCUGGGUUUUGAAUCUUCUAUUUUAUGAGUGCUGGGAUAUCAACUCAUGAUCCUGAACAGCUGAACAGUCACCCCCUGACAUUGCAGGAAUUAUUCAGCUUUUAUACAACACAAAGUAGCUCUUCAGGGACACUUAGGGCUAUUUAAGCUACUUUGUGAUCUCAAGUUUAAAAAAAAAUAGAAGGAAACAAAGAAGUGAAGAGAAAAAAUGGUUCUUCGAUGUCUGUAAAGUAACAAAGCAUCCCACAAACUGGACAACUUCUGUAAAUGUUCCAUCAAAAAUAUCUUGUUCUAUUUUUAAAGUACAAUGUAGAGUCAGUUUGUCUGAGUGUUGUAUCUAGGAAAAUAUCUAUCGGGUAACUAUAUAUAUAUAUUUUGAAGGAUUCUUGUAACUGUUGAUACUAAUUUUAAAAAAAGAAUUAACUGUAGUGUGAUUCCAACUUGUAAACUAAUGGUGUAGAUGAAGCAGUCUAUUGUACUACUGUGGUGCCAAUAGGGUCUAAAGAUCAGUUUGAACAACAUGGUCCAUAUUUCAGUUUCUACUAUCGAUUCUUUGGGGGCUGUUCAACGUCAUACCUAGAAAUGAAGAACUGGAACCCAACAGCAAUUCAUAAAGAGAUCUGGACAGAAAAAAACUUUGUCUCUAUGUCCUUAGUUAAUUAGGAAAUGAAAAAAAAAAAAAGCAAUAAUUAGAUUUUGAGCUUCGGCAAGGUGUUACUAUGCUUAUAUUUCUUUUAAGUGUUUAAAGUAAAUAGUAUCAAAUUGUCUACACUCCUGGUGGUCAGAGAUCUAAUAGUAAUUAAAUAACUCCCCCAUAAAUAUUUUUGGUUGCCCUAUUGAUAUAAUUCUUGAAACAGAUGAAAGCCCAAUGAAAGAAGUUGGAUACUGUGGUUUUAUGGUAAGACCCAAAAUAUUUUUUAAAAUGUUAAUACAUCUAAUAUUGAUUUCACAUGUGCUUGAAUAUAUAAUAUAUAUAACUAUUUGAUGACUAAUAAAUAUAUUUUGUGAUUUGCAA